AUGGAUGAGAACAAAAAUCCACACUGUCCAGUUUCCCAUCAGUUUUCGAGACUGGCUGCCAAACCAGAUGAGAUUGGAGCAAGUGCUUCCUCUAACUUCAGUGAACAUUGGACACCAUUUAGUAGAAUUUCUCCACAAGCAGAUCAGGCAGCAUUAAAAAAUCUCUGCUCAUGGAAUCCACUAGAUUUGCCAGAUUUUGUUCCACUGUCUGAACCAGUUCAAGUGAAUUCAGACACAAACAGCAUUCUCACUGAUUUUGGAGUAUUUAAUGGCAGCGCUGAGUUUAUUGGCCACAACCACUUUGAUUGGAAUAGAAGGAAUACUUUACCAAAGUUUAAAGUUAAAGACGGUUUAACUGGAGAAUUAACAGAUGCUUCUAAGAAGAGAAUGCAGAGAUGCAGUUUUGACAGCCAAAGACAGUCCAAGUUACAGCCUGACUUUCAGAGAGCAAAUCAUACUUUCAAUUAUGAAGAUAUUGACUCUAAUUCUCAGUUGCAUCAGCAAAUGCAUCGUCAAUCAUUUCAUGAGAUUUUGGUAGGUCUGGGCACUUCAGAUUGUCACUCGCAGUCAAGUCCAUUAGAUAAAGAUACUCGCUGUAGUACAGUUACGUCCGAGAAUGUGCUACUGGAAGGAGUAACACUAGUUGGCAGCACUGCUGAUGGAGGACUGUCCAGUAAGAUUUCUGGUGAGAACUGGUCACAUGUUAAUUUUCUUGGUGCACCACUCCCAUUUAGUCAUAGUAGUACUGCACAUCAGCUUUCCACACACAAAACGCAGAACUUGGAUAAUUUUCCAGAAACAUCAAGUUUUCCAGAGACAACUGAAGAUGAUGUAACAGCAUACUUACAGAUGUUUGACCCACUAAGUGUCAUUCAGGAUGCUGGAAGCAAAACAGACAGGCAAGGUCAUUCAAAUGUAAAUACCACUGUUAUAAGCCCGCAGAAACAUAGGCCUUAUACCACGAGCAAACAAUGGAAUUUGCGGAAUGCUAACAAAAUUCACUCACCAGAUAAAGCAAUCCCUAGUCAGCCUCAGACACGUGGCCCAUCAUCUGAAGCAACAUUGUCUGCAGAUUUAUUAAAGCUAUCUUACUCUGAUGUUGCAAAAACACAUAAACAUGGACCAAUAUUUGGUGCUAAACCUGAUCAUUCUCAUAGUGAAGACAGUAUUAAAAACAACACCUUUGAGAAGAAAUUAAAAAAGGAUGAACAACUGUUCAAGCUCCCGGGAAAGAGCAAUGUGUUAGACUCUAAGUCUGUGCUGAAAGGAUCUUUAGGGGAAGAGUCUGAUAAAGCAAAACUAGCCCAGCCUGCCAAACCGCCAUUGUCUUCAAAACUUACUAGUUCAUCGUCUCAGCAAACGGCCCCGAAGAAAGAUUUGUUUUUUGAUCCAAAAAGAAUCUUCCAGUAUGAAAACAAAAACAAGGUACAAAAUCUAGCUGAGAAUUUAACUUCAAACAAGACCACACCACCAGCAGCCACUGCAACUUCCACCAAGGUCUCCAGCAAUGCCUGUCAGCAGGAUUACAUCAACAACGAUUUCAGAGACACUAGUAAACUCACAAACAAGACUGCAGCAUCUGAGAGCGGGCAGCGGAUUAAUU